AUGGCACGCAUUGAGUAUGUCUUCAGCAUUGAAUCUUUAGUUUUAACUCCUAAACAAAAUGAAUUAUGUUACGAAGAUAUGACAGAAAUAGAAUUACAAGAGGCAUUGGAAAACAUAGUUUGUUCAAAUUUACUUCUGAAAUUAGAAAAUGACAUUUUUGAAAAAUACCUUAGACGUAGAGAUCCCGAAAGUCUUCAAACAAUAGCGCAGAUCUUAGAAACUGCUAAACGCGUACAAAGAAUAGCACCUCAGCAUGGUCGCACAUCACCCGUUACGAGUGUAACCGGAAGUUCUGUGAAUGUUCAUGACAAAGAGUUAAUGAGUGUCGCCAGUAUGAGAUCCGAAACUCGACACGUCACGCCAAGUCUUUUAACAACUAGAACACCAACAAGAGGAACAAAACUCACGUAUACGCAACGCAUCGAAAUGACAAACACUGAAAUUCGAGAAUUGCAGAAAGCAUUAGAAAAAUUCGAACAGAUGUCGAUCAAAAAGAAAAUAUAUUUGCAAGCGCAAAUAGAAGAAAAUCAAAUUAGUAUUGAUGAAACUUGUAAAACUAAAGAGGAAUUUGAAGAAAACGUUGUACAGAAAGGCAUAGAUAGCAUUACAGGGAAAAUACCUGCUGAAAAGUUUAUCAGAUUUAUAGAAGAAUGGUUAAAAGUAGUCGACAUAAUAAUGGAACAAAUUAGAUUGAAGAUAGCUACCAUAAAGUCUGAGAUAAGAAAAGUCAAAUUGCAGCUGAAGCAGAGAAAAGAACUGGGCGAGACUCUACGCGCCAUAGAUUUCGAACAAUUGAGCAUAGAAAAUCAAAUUUGCAUACGAAAAAUUGAUGAAAAGAAUCAGUAUCUACUUGAAAUGAAAAGAAUUGCAGGACGCUAUAGCAUAACAUUAACCAAGUAUAAAGAAAGACUAGAUGGUUUAAUGUUAACUAUAAAUAAAGUGAGAGACAAUAUGUUUUCCAAAAAACAAGAAAUUAUAAAAUUGCAAUCGAAACAAAUUGCUACAAAGAUUGAAAUAGAAAAAGUGGGAAAACAACUCAAAUCGAUAACGGAAUUAAUAGACAAAUUUGAGGUUCCAAAUGUCAUGGAUGCCAUUAAAUUGCGUAUGAAUCUACAGGAAUUACAAAAAAUUCAUAAGCAAUUAAGCAGGCAAAAAGAAAUUCAACAAUUAACACUCAAGUUUCAAAAAUAAUA